CACUGUAUGAAUAGCCAAUUUUUGUUUUUGUUUUCAGAUGGUAGACGUGCGGAUACAUUGUGCGGACACGGUGAUAAAUUUGCGUUAUGGCACAACUUUGGAACACGAAAAACAGCGAUUGCUGCAUCAUGCCAAGACGUCUGUAAUGCGAAAGGCUUGGCACAGGGAACGGGAUCUGUUAAGAUUAGGCUUACCUACGAACAAAGACUGGUCGGUCGCUGAAAUCGAUGAAAUAUUAAAGUUGGGCUACGCAAAUGGUUUUGACGGAGAGUACAUCCGAGAUACUGAAAGGUAUCCCGAGCUAUGUGACGAUCCAUACAACAUUAGAUUUGUGAAGACAAAUUAAUGACCGUGAAGUCGAUGGCAUUUCCACAGCUAUUGCCGGACUCUGUAAAAUUAAUUAACAUCUUUAAAUUAAAAUGCUCUUUAAGAUGAAAAAAAAAACAAUCAUUAAAUUGACCAAUACUAUUUUUGGUCCUAUUAAUUUUAAUUGUUUAUGAAUAUGAUCAAGACAUGCGGGUCGUUUAGCACAAUGGCGCUGAAGCUCAAUACAACCUAAGUUGGGAUAUCGCUGGAAACUAUACGUUAUUGUGAAACAAAGUAUCUCAAGCAUGAAACGACUUGUCAAUAUCAGAUCACUCAUAUUUUAUCUAUUCAACGAGUUAACCCGAAGUAUUUGUCUGAUUUUAAUGCUAUAUGUGGUUGAUUAUUAUUGUUUGUAUUUUUGUCAUAAAUUUUAGGCUAAAAUUGUUAUUAUUUUAUUCAUUUUCUUAUAAAUGUUAUGAUUAAGCACCUGCAUAUACUGAAAACCAUUGUUAGGUAUGAAUCAUAGGGUCUGAAUUCUCGUCCCAGUUAUUUUUUAAAACAGAUUUUUAAUUUCAAUGCCACUUGGGCAUAUAUAAGAAUUUAUGAUAAAAAUAGUUUGUGUUAUCGACUUAUUUUAGAUUAUUUAAGUACGGCCUUGUGUGUGCUGUUUAAAGUAUUUACUUAAUUUUAUGUUUUCGUUGAUUCUUCCUAACGCGAUCAAAAAAAAAAAAAACACUGUAUUUUGCUAUUUAUUUAAAGUGUUAAGAUUAUUAUGGUAUUUAUAUCUACGAGUAUUGUUUAUUCUAUAAACCUUGAGUUUGUAACGUCCUUAUGAUAAAUUAUGUUUUUUACAUGAAUUGAGUAAUUUAUUUCUACUGGCUCACAGUAGAAACUUAUUGUUUGUUAAUCAUUCCAAUAUUCUUUUAUUACAAAGUACAUUUUUUGUAAUUAAUUUUGCCAAAAACGUCAUUUAAUCAAUUUAUUUUUAUAUUUAAAUAAUAUUCGAUUUUAUAUGAUCAACCCUUAUAUUUUCAAUUCUUGGGACACAUUUUUUUUGUUUUUUUUUUAGAGUCCCAUGCGUUGAAUUUUAUGUACAGUAUAUAUAACCUAAAUUACGGCCACUACAUUAUAGGUGUCGAAUAUCAGUAUUAAUUACUAAAAUCAUCAUUAUCGAUGAUUUAAGAUUAACUUACUUGAUGUGUCCAGAUAUUUAUAAAAUUGUAAACAUACUUAUUAUCAAUAUAAAUAUUUAACAAAUAAAUUUACUGCAUUUACA